CUUCUUUCUUUCGCUUUGGUUCAUGCCGACAUGCGAUUAAGUGGAUUAUUUGAUUGGAUAUUUGAAAGCUGACGUGGAAUCCUACGUGGGUGGAUUUGUAAACAGUUUCGAGUUUGAUUCCAACGGUGGAGAUUCAAGAUUCUUCGAUGAUUGUGAAGGGCUUUCGUUUUCCCAAUCACGUGUAACCCGGGCCCCAAUUUUUAAAAGCAUUUUCCGCGAAUUCUUCACCGUCCACGUGACGCGCAUGUAUUGGUUGCAAUGAUGCAAUUUAACGGAAAGAUCACUCCGUCAUCUUCCACUUCCCACCACCGUCUCUCUAAACAAUUACAUGGCGAGUCUCUGUAUCUCUUCCUCCCGGGUUCUCUCUCUCCACCACCAGAAACCGUUCCUCUCUCUUAAAGUCCGGCCUCGUUCCUCAGAUCUCUCCGUUUCAGGUCGCGUAAAUGCUGUCUGCUUCAAUCCGCUAAGAGUAUCGAUAGAUCGUAAGCGAACCGAUACUGUGCCUACGAGGGUUGAGAAGCAGCGAAAGAGAGGAUCGAGUGUGGUCUGUUAUGCUGCUCCGAUGCCUGUCCAUAAUCUACAAUGGAUCUCCGCAAUUUCUUGCGUAGGAUUGAUGCUUGCGAGGGGAACCGGUAUCCACAAGUCCUUUGUUGUUCCACUAUUCGCUCUAACCGCACCGUCGGGCAUCAUCGCCUGGGCAAAGGGUGAGUAUGGCAUCUGGGCAGCAUUCCUGGCUCUUCUUGCUCGACUCUUCUUCGCUUUUCCAGGUGAACUUGAACUGCCAUUCAUUGCAUUACUCUUGGCAAUUGUGGCGCCACCUCAAGUUAUGAGCAUAAGAGGGAAGCAAGAAGGAGCUCUCAUUUCUUUGGCGAUAUCUUGUUUCCUGGCUUUCCAGCAUUUCUCACGAGCAGGGAGCUUGCAGAAAGCGUUUGAUCAGGGCUCACUUGUUGCCACUCUAGGCAUCAUUGGUGUCACAGUUGUAUCGAUCCUUUUCUUGAUAUAACUAUAUACUCGUGACAAAAGGACUGUCAUCUGUAAAUCACUGUAAACAAUGAGUAUGAAGAGACAAGAAAUAAUGUGCUGUAUUUAUUUGCUCAAUGUUACUCAAGUCAAUAAGUUUGUGUUGAUUCGCUGUUUAUAAUAUAACUGUAUUUGGCACUAUUCGCUGGUAAUGGAAUGAUCUUUUAAUCGCAUAUGAUUCCAAGAUGAGCUGGUUUGGGUUGAAAAC